AAAUAAGAUAAGGUGACACAAUUGUAAUUUUUCUAAUCUCAAACAAACCUAAUUUGUUUUCAGUUAUUCAGUCAUUAACCUUCAUCAUGGGUUCAUUAGAGGGGAAGGUGUACUGCUUGUUUGUACUGCUUUGCAUGGUGUACUCUGUUUAUUCACAAGCUGAUGGAAAUCCUCAUGGUUGGGAUAGGAAGAGGAGAUGUGAUCAGCAGGAUUAUGAGAUCCCAUGUGGGCCUUGUGAAGGUAUUGGUGGAAUAGCAUAUGGAAGUUCUAAUGAAGAGAUAGCUCUAACCAGCUGUGAAGUUGUUGGAUCAGCUGAGGAGAUGCCGGAACCCAAACCUGUAGUCUGGGGAACACAGUGGACCCUGCCCUUGGCUUAUGAGAUCCUUAUUGGAAAGAAAAUGGAUCCAUUCUGCUUCCAAACCUUCCCUGGAAAUGAUUCUGUAGGAGAGUUGUGCUACAGGAAGCAAACUGGUUCCAAGGCAUACGACAUGAUCAAUGCCAAAGCUAUCAGGGAGGAUUUGGAGCUUGAAACCCCUGUUGGAAACAUGACAUCUGUGAUCAUUCAUCAGGGCAAGAACUUCUGGAUUGUGAAUCAUCUGCCAUGGUAUGCUGGAGGAAUUCAUCAAUGCAUCUGUACUGAUAUCAAAGAAGGAGGUGCUGGAAGCCAGGUUUACUACCCUGUGCAGUACAAUUGGGUUGAGAAGCUUGUUUACAUUGGUCGGGAGAUUCUUGGUAUUGAGUAUGUAAACACUGUUGCUGAAGUCGAUCAUUGGGCAUUUGGGCCUCAUCAUCUUUGGACUUAUCCUGAGACAGGAGAUAUCAUCAGAAUGUGGCAGCCUUUUAACGGUCUUCAGAUUUAUCCUACUAGCGUAGGUAACAAUGAGGUUGAUAGCUCCUUGUUCGAAGAUAUUCCUCCAGAACUUUGCAAAGCUGGUGGAGCUAUCCUCAGAAUAGGAUGUGACGAUGAAGGUUAUCCAUUACCGGAUGAAGAAAGGAAGAAGAUAGCUGAACAAAGAGCAAGAGAUGUUGUCAAAGGGAAAGAUACAGCUAGAGCUUAUGAAAAGGUUCCCCGGGGACACUAUAAAGGGUUGGAUUUUGGUGAGAUGUCUUCAGUAUUAAAUGGUUGGUUAAACAGUUCCGUGCUUGCUUCUCCAUGCAGUUUCUGGAAGGUUGAAGAGAUUCAACAGCUUCAAGCUCUUCUUUAUCUAGCCAGGGAGUCUCAGUUUGACAGUAUUUAUCAAGAUAGCAGCGAUAACAGAAGACUCAGAUAUGAAACUCUAAAGGACCUGGAAAUGAACUGGGCUAGUUUAAAUGAACUGGCAAAUGAUCACAAAGACUCUAGAUUUAAACAUGUCAGAAGAGAUGGACACUGUCAUGAAGCUGUCAUGUGGUAUGUUCAUCAUAUUUCCCAGGAUAUGAAAGAUAUUCUGAAGAACGCCAAUGUACCGGUUCCACUGUUGUCCCCGGCCCGGCACGGCCUGUGCUACUCCGAGCUAGAGGACCCGGUCGGACAGAAAAUCUGCGGAGCGUACAAGGAACAGGUAACAUGUGCAUCCUGCCACUCUAAUGAACUACCACCAACAUUGUAAAUAAAAUCAUUCUUGUAAACUGAUAUUUGUUCAUACUGAAUAAGAGAAUUAAGUACACGUCGUAAA